AAAUAGGAAAGAAAAAAAUCUUAAAAUUUCUCAUGCCUGUUCCUCCGCGCUCUCCCGUCCGUUCCUGUCUCUCCCUCCAUUUUGCGCUUCAUUCCUAGGGUUUUCUCCCCCAUUCCCUCUCCCCAAUUCCGCGCCCCCGUCCGCGCGAUCCCCACUGCGAUGGUCUCCAGCGCCCGUAGUUCCGGCGGCGUGGCUCACUCGGCCUCGAACAGCACCGGAAGCACCGGUUCCCCAUCCGGCCUCGCCGGACCCAGCAAAGGGGCUGCGGCGGCGGCCGCCACGACGUCAGCCUCAGUGUCCACGCCGGCCAGCGGGAGCACCGUCGCCCGCCGCCUCAAUGAUCUCGAAAUUCAGGGAGACGACGCGCCAUCGUCGCAGCCCACCGCGAGCAAGAAGAAAAAGAAAGGAACACGGGUGGUAGGUCCUGACAAAGGUAACCGUGGACUGCGCCAAUUCAGUAUGAAAGUCUGUGAGAAAGUUGAAGGCAAAGGGAGAACAACCUACAAUGAGGUGGCAGAUGAACUUGUAGCUGAGUUUGCAGAUCCAAAUAGUAACAUCGGGUCACCAGAUCCUGAUAAUCCUAACACACAACAAUAUGAUGAGAAAAAUAUACGAAGAAGGGUUUAUGAUGCUCUGAACGUCCUGAUGGCUAUGGAUAUUAUAUCUAAAGAUAAAAAGGAAAUUCAGUGGAAGGGCUUGCCACGGACAAGUUUGAGUGAUAUUGACAAGUUUAAGACUGAGCUCAUUGGACUGAAAGGUAGAAUUGACAAGAAAAGUGCAUAUUUGCAGGAGCUACAAGACCAAUAUGUAGGCCUUCAAAAUUUGGUAGAGCGGAAUGAGCAGUUAUAUUGUUCAGGAGAUGCUCCUUCAGGUGGAGUGGCCCUGCCAUUUAUAUUGGUUCAGACACGUCCUCAUGCAACUGUAGAAGUGGAGAUUUCAGAAGAUAUGCAGUUGGUGCAUUUUGACUUCAAUAGCACUCCAUUUGAGUUGCACGAUGAUUCCUUUGUAUUGAAAGCAAUGGGGUUUUCCGGUAAAGAAGAAACUGAUGGUACCAUGGCUCUGGUUGCAAACGGAGUUGAAUGCUCAGGCACAGCAAGUAUUUAUGGGCAUCAGUCACCACAACCUGCAAGGCCAAAUGGAAUUAGGCUUCGUACCUCCCCUCCUAUUCCAGGGAUACUGAAAGGGCGUGUUAAGCAUGAAUAUUAGGCACUAAUUUGGUUAUUAAUGUUGUAUGAGCUACUGGUUUUUACUCCCCUAGCUUCUUUAACUUAAGAUGUAAAAAUGCCUGUAAAUUAUGUCCCGGGGAAAUGUCAUGCUAUAAUUUAGCUUUGCAGCUAAUGGUAGGUUUAUCGGUUUGGUGAA